GCCGAGUUCUUCGCCCCGUGGUGGUACGUCCAUUCAAUCUCCCUAUCUCUGUCUUGUUCUUUCUAACACAUCAUCUGCUAGUGGCCACUGCAAGGCUCUCGCUCCCGAGUACGAGUCCGCGGCGUCAAUCCUCGCCGGCGCCAACAAGGACAUCGCGCUCGCAAAGAUCGACUGCACCGAAGAAGACGAGCUCUGCAGCGAGCACGAGAUCCAGGGUUUCCCGACCCUCAAGGUCUUCCGCGGCAGUCCCGAGACCGCGUCGCCGUACACCGGCGCACGCAAGGCCGAUGCCAUCGUCUCCUACAUGACCAAGAUGAGCCUUCCCGCCGUCUCGCUCGUGACCAAGGACACGCUCGAGGGUUUCAAGACCUCCGACGACGUCGUCGUCGUCGGUUUCUUUGCCGACGCGGAGGCGAACAAGACCUUUGACGCCGUCGCGAACGUCUUCCGCGAGUCCUUCAUCUUCGGCGCCACCAACGACGACGCCCUCGCCACGGCCGAGGGCGUCUCCAUGCCCGCGAUCGUCAUGUACAAGAACUACGACGACGCAAAGACAAUCUACACCGGCUCCGCCUUCACUGCCGAAGAACUCGGCGAGUUUGUCCGCCGCGAGUCCGUCCCGCUCGUGGGUGAGGUCGGUCCCUCGACUUUCUCGGGCUACAUGCAGUCCGGUCUGCCGCUCGCCUACAUCUUUGUCGACAACGACGAGCACAAGACCAAGUUCUCCGAGAUCCUGCUCCCCUUUGCGCGCAAGUUCAGAGGAAAGAUGAACAUCGCGACCAUUGACGCCGUUAAGUUCGGCCAGCACGCAAACAACGUCAACCUCGAGCAGCAGUGGCCCGCCUUUGUCAUCCAGGAGAUCGAGUCGAACCUCAAGUACGUCUACGACCAGGCCACCGAGCUCACCGCCGAGGGUCUCGAGGAGUUCCUUGAAUCCUACCACGCCGGCUCGCUCUCGCCCAAGAUCAAGUCCCAGGAAGCGCCCGAGGUGCAGGAUGGCCCGGUCGUGAUUGUCACCGCAAACACCUACGACGAGCUCGUGCUCGACGAGGACAAGGACGUCCUUAUUGAGUUCUACGCGACCUGGUGUGGCCACUGCAAGCGUCUCGCUCCCAUCUACGAGGAGCUCGGCGAGAUCUUCUGGUCGGACGAGGCCCUCAAGUCCAAGAUCACAGUCGCCAAGGUCGACACGCCCGAGAACGACGUGCCCGAUGAGAUCAGAGGGUUCCCGACCAUCAAGCUCUACCCUGCGGGAGAUAAGUCGAACCCGAUCGAGUACGAGGGUGACCGCACGCUCGAGAGCUUGAACGACUUUAUCAGAGAGAACGGAAAGUACCACGUCGACGGUCUCGCGGCCUGGAAGGCAAAGAAGGAGAAGAUCGAGAUCGAGGACCCUAUUGUGGAGGAGCACGAUGAGUUGUAAUCUCCCUCUUUUAUUUCUUCCUCUAUAUUCCAAAACAUGUACAGUGCUUUUUCUCUGUUUUCCUUUUCUUCUUUUUCUUUCGUAGUAUAAGUACGAGGCACACACAAAAUAUGGGUUGGUUUUAACUGUCAUUAUCUGAUUUAUUUGCGAUAGGCUCAGCUUGUUCUAUGCUCCUUUUCUUUUUAUUUUUUUUUUUAUUUUCUUUUAUUCAGUUUAGUCCGUGUAGCGAAAACGAAUAAAUCGAAUUGGUAUCGUA